AUGCCACCCGCUGACUGCAAGAGGGUCCUCAGUGGCAAGCACUUCCACGAUUCCGAUUGGGACGCGAACACCAUGAUCUGCUUCGGGGCCCACAAGCUCUACCCCCGUGGGCAUCCGGACUCUUGCCAGGGUGACAGCGGUGGUCCGCUGACGGCCGGAAUCGAGGGCUUGCCAUGCUCCAGCGUGGUGGUGGUGGUGGUGGUGGUGGUGGUGGUGGUGGCGGUGGUCUCUUGGGGGAACGUGUGCGGCGUGGGUGCACCGGCAUCCUACACCAACGCGUCGUACGUGGGAUACCUCGAGUGGAUCGCAGGCGUCGUCUGGCCCGACAGGCUAAGACAGAAGAAACUGGACGCGCGAAUAGCUCUUUAC